AUGUUCAAGCAUAUGAGUGUACACACAGUUUCGACUACCACAUGUUGGGACACAAGUAUUAACAGAGAAUUUCUUAUGAAAUUCUCAAGCGAAGACAUAUCGAUCAAUUUUGAUUUUAGAAAUAUACAGGCGAGUGUACAUCAAACGCCAAAAACAUGGUUUAAAUCAGGAAUAUUAGUUGACUUGUCAUGUGAUCAAGCUGUCGAUGUACUUCAGCAGGCAUCAAAAAGUCGCCUGUUCAACCUUCAAAACGACUGGGUUCUUUUCAAUCGGCACGGAAAUCCAAAUAAAACGGAAGCCCUGGAAAUUGCUUUACACUCGUUCAGAAAGCACAUGAAUCGAGCCUAUGUGAUGCCAGACUCGAGGGUGUACCUAUUGAUAGAGGUUGAUAGAAAUGUCUGGGAAAUAUGGAAUGGUUUUCGCUUGAGUGUUACCGAAGAAGUUCAAGUGUCCCGAGUGGGCGUGAUGACACCGGAUCGAGUGGAAAUUAAACGGAGCGUUCGGACGAACUUUAGGCGUGUCAUCCUUUCGGCGUCCACGGUGCUAUCGAUUAUAACGUUCGUUUGUGCUCGUAGACUAAACUUGACUUUUUCUGCCGAUUACGGGUGGAAUUACGGUAACGGGACGUACAGCGGUCUGAUAGGACACCUGCAAAGAGAAGAAAUUGACUUUACGGCUGCCGGUGGUCUGAUGAGAUCAGAUCGAAUGGACGUUGGUGAAUUGACCGUCGGGACAUUCGUAGCUCGAUUGUAUGUUCACAGAACUGUUGCAAUUUAUAAACAGCCUCCUCUGUCCAGUGUCAACAACGUUUUUACCCUGCCGUUCGUGCUUAACGUCUGGAUAGUGAUGUUAGUCGUGAUGUCAAUAUUUAUCGUCACUCUGAUAUUUAUCAUAUGGACGUCCAAUUGGUUACGAGGUGUAGAAACACGACUCUCGAUCGCACUAGAUACGGUCACAUUGGUCUUAGCCGCUAUUUGUCAACAAGGCUUGUCGGUGACGGCUGCCCAAUACUCAGGCCCAACGCGGUUGGCCACAUUCACGCUGUUCCUGUGUGCAGCAUUCUUGUUCACGUCGUACGCGGCUUGCAUCGUAGUUAUGCUCCAGUCUCCAAGCCAGACGAUCAACACCAUCGGAGACUUGGCAGACAACCCGAUUACGUUUAGUGCACAGGACACUAAACACAAUUACAUAUACUUCAAUGUAGGUUACCUGCCCAAAAAAAUAAUGGUUGGCCUGGAAGAACAAUUCAGGCCGGGUAAAUGCAUGAUCCAAGCCAAAUCUCAAAGUUUACGUUAUAGGCGUAACAAGGAAACGGUCGAUGAAAAUAUUAAAAAAAUCUAUCUCGAAAAGAUGAAACCACAUGGUGCAAUGGCGUUUACGAGUCCGGAAAUAGGCGUAGAACGGGUUCGAAAUGAAUUUCAUUCGUAUUUGGUGGAAAUCACAUUAGCAUAUCAUAUAAUAGCUAAAACAUGGCAAGAGCAUGAAAAAUGUAGCUUAUCUGAAACAGAGUUAUAUAAAAUACCACUUCUUACGUUAUAUGUCGUAAAAAAAUCAGGAUACAAAGAUUUAUUUAAACAAAAGAUGAUACAACAACACGAAAUCGGCUUAAAAGAUCGAAUCACCAAGAAAAUAAUGCCACAGAAGCAAAAGUGUGAUUCAGCCCACUCUGGCGUAGUACGCUUCGACAGCGUGUCCAUGAAGGAAAUCUAUCCAGCAUUAUUAUUUCUGGGUUAUGGCAUCUUUACUUCUUGGUUAUUAUUGUUAUUUGAACACAUUUAUAAGACCCACGUAGAUAAACAAAAUACAUAA